CUGGGUUUAGUAUACAUGUUCCUGGGCGUCUCCAUCAUCGCUGACCGCUUUAUGGCGUCCAUCGAGGUCAUCACGUCCCAAGAGAGACAGAUUGUGAUCAAAAAACCAAACGGCGAAAAGUUGACGACAACCGUGCGGAUCUGGAAUGAAACGGUGUCCAACCUGACGCUCAUGGCUCUGGGAUCGUCCGCCCCGGAAAUCCUGCUCUCUGUUGUGGAAGUUUGCGGUCAUAACUUCGAUGCCGGUCAGCUGGGCCCGAACACCAUCGUGGGGAGCGCCGCUUUCAACAUGUUCGUUAUCAUCGGGCUUUGCGUGUACGUCAUUCCGGACGGAGAAACGCGCAAGGUGAAGCAUCUUCGGGUUUUCUUCGUCACGGCAACCUGGAGCGUUUUCGCUUACACGUGGCUUUACCUCAUUUUGGCCGUUUUCUCUCCGGGCGUCGUUCAGAUUUGGGAAGGCCUCCUGACGCUCUUCUUCUUUCCCGUUUGCGUUGCUUUUGCGUACGUGGCAGACCGCCGUCUUCUUUUCUACAAGUACGUGUACAAGCGCUACCGAGCCGGGAAGCGCAAGGGGGUCAUCAUCGAGACCGAGGGGGAACCCGAUCUCCCUUCCAAGGUUGACAUCGAAACGGACGGCGUAGCGUUCCUGCCUCACGACGAAAAACUCGAAAAUGAGGAGUUGGAAGUGAAGCACCGGAUGGAAGAGGCGUCCUUCCGUGUUUUAACGCACGGCAUUCAGAUCGUGAUGGGAAGCGGCGAUGUCCCGAUGAAGAAGACUUCGGCCACUCAUCAAGACCGCUCGUCCUCAUCGGAGGUGUUCUUCCAUCCAAGCAGGUACCAGUGCUUGGAGAACUGUGGCAGUUUAGCGUUAACCGUUCUUCGACGAGGCGGCGACAUCAAUACAACCGUCGCGGUUGACUAUCGAACACAAGACGGCACCGCCAUCGCCGGGUCGGACUAUCGCUGUAGCCACGGGACGGUGGUGUUCCGAGCGGGCGAAACGGUUAAGGAAAUCCGCAUCGAUAUCAUCGACGAUGACAUCUUUGAGGAAGAGGAGCAUUUCCUGGUUCACUUAAGCGGCGUCAGAAUCGUGUCCGGUGGGGGCGGAGAAUCAAACAACGGUUCGGCAGGCUUGGGUCCGCCUUGCACGGCCACGGUAUCCAUCUUGGAUGACGACCACGCGGGGAUCUUCACGUUCGAGGAGUCGACGCUGACUGUCAGCGAGAGCGUUGGCGUCAUGGAGGUGAAGGUGGUCCGGACCUCGGGGGCUCGAGGAGUCGUGGCCCUGCCGUACAGAACCGUUGAGGGGAGCGCCAAAGGGGGCGGAGUGGACUUUGAGGACACUCACGGCGUCCUGGAAUUUGACAACAAUGAGAUGUGUAAAACGCUUUGCAUCAACAUCGUUGACGAUGAGCAAUAUGAGAAGAACAAGAACUUCUUCCUGGAGCUGGGCCAGCCUCUUCUGCUGGAGAUGAGCGAGAGAAAAGCCGUUCUGCUUCAAGAAGUUGGUGGAUUCUUCCGAACAGAUAAACAACUCUUUGGCAAAGACAUCUACAGGAAAAUCCAAGAACCGGAAAAACACAACCCCUCUUCCAUCUUGACCAUCUCAGGUACGUCCACCAGUCCGUCCACCCAUACAAAGCAGGAAGAGGAGAGACGCAUCGCACUGAUGGGUCGACCCAAGUUAGGCGAGCUGGUCAAACUUGAAGUCGUCAUUGAGGAGUCGUACGAGUUUAAGAAUUCAGUGGACAAGGUGAUGAAGAAGACGAGGUUGGCCGUGCUGGUGGGGACGACGUCAUGGAGAGAACAAUUUAUGGACGCCAUCACAGUCAGCGCAGGUGAUGACGACGACGACGAUGACAAGAAGCUACCCUCCAGUGUGGACUACGUCAUACACUUCCUGACGGUCUUCUGGAAGCUCCUGUUUGUGUUGGUCCCGCCCACCGACUACUGGAACGGGUGGGCGUGCUUCGUGGUGUCCAUCAUGGUCAUCGGCCUCCUGACAGCAAUCAUCGGAGACCUGGCGUCGCAUUUUGGCUGCACGGUGGGCCUGAAGGACUCGGUCACGGCUGUGGUCUUUGUAGCAUUGGGCACGUCAGUACCAGACACGUUCGCCAGCAAAGUGGCGGCCUGCCAGGACCAGUACGCCGACGCCUCCAUUGGUAACGUGACAGGAAGUAACGCCGUCAACGUUUUCCUGGGUAUCGGCGUGGCGUGGUCCAUCGCCGCUGUGUACCACUACUCCAAGAACCAGGAAUUCAGGGUGGACCCGGGAACGCUGGCCUUCUCCGUCACGCUUUUUACCAUCUUUGCCUUCAUCUGCAUCGCCGUCCUUCUCUAUCGGCGCCGGCCCGGGAUUGGCGGGGAACUGGGUGGACCACAGAUCCCCAAGAUGGUGACCACGAGCUUGUUCUUCAGCCUGUGGUUGAUGUACAUCGUCUUAUCCUCGCUUGAGGCCUACUGCCACAUCCAAGGCUUUUGA